GUCCACACGCAGGGCGCGGUCGUUCGGAAAUUAAAAAGUAAAUAAAUCGUGAUGGAGCUGAAAGGAAAGGUGGCUUUGAUCACGGGUGCCGCCGCCGGCAUAGGAUUAGCAUAUAGCGAGGAAUUGCUCAAACAUGGAGCGAAGGUGUCAUUAUGCGACAUAGACUCGGAUAUCGGCGAGCAGAUCUCCGACGAACUGGGCGCGAAAUACGGACGCAAGAACGUGCUGUUCUGCCAGUGCGAUGUGACGGACUACCCGCAGUACGAAGAGGCCUUCGAGAUGACGAUCAAGGUGUUCAACCGGCUGGACAUCGUGAUCAACAACGCUGGAGUCAUGAACGACCGGUUUUGGGAGCUUGAAGUCGACGUCAACCUGAAUGGUGUGAUCCGCGGUACUUUACUGGCGUACCGGUUUAUGGGCAAGGACCGCGGCGGGCAAGGCGGUACCAUCGUGAACACAGCUUCCACUGCAUUCACCAGGCCUCAAGUUUCUACCCCCAUCUAUACUGCCACGAAUUAUGCCGUCGUGGGACUUACCAGGGCUUAUGGGGACCAGUAUCACGUAGGACUGACAGGCGUUAGGAGCCUGGUGUUAUGCCCAGGGCUCACAGACACCGGCCUAGUUAAAGAGAUCCGCAAACAGCUCAUGUCUUCCGAAUAUGAAGCGGCUUGGCAGCGAGACAACGCCAACGCCAAGACGCAGAGCUCAGAGCACGUGGGGCGAGCUCUCGUGGAGAUCCUCACCAAAGGCCAGAGCGGCUCCGUGUGGAUCGUGGAGAAUGGCCAACCCGCCAGGGAGUGGCGCGGCUAAAGGAAACCAUUCCCGUCAUUCAACAUCCGAGUAAUCUACCAUCUUUACUCGACAAUCUGGUAGUUUGUACUGCGAGUGCGACAUAUAGAUAUAUUUGGAGUAAUCGGUCAGUCCGCACGCUAGUAGUGCGGCUGAACUUACCAUCCUUUACUCGACUACCUUGUAGUUUGUACUGCGACAAAUAUACAAGGUGCAAUAAAAAUAACCGUUCAAACUUAGCAUAGUGACUUUUGCAUGGGGUCAUAAUGAACAACUUUUAUUACGGGACCAAUGCUGAAAUGGCGAAAAAAAAUUGGCUGUUCCGUGUUCCAUAGAAAUGAGCGGCAUCAUGACAGUCGAAAUGUCUAAAACAGCCAAAAUUUUUAUUUUUAUUUCAGUAGUGGUCCCAUAAUAAAAGUAGUU